UGUCAAAUCGAGUGGCGAAGGGUUGGGUUUCUUCUUUUUAUUUUGUGGUCGCGAAGAGGGUUUCAAAGAAAAGAGAAACAACAAAAACAAAACCAGAGAGAGAGAACCAAAAACCUAAGUUGAGAUACAUACAGAUACAGCAGGCCAAAGCCCAGACUUGGAAGAAAAAUUCUCUCUUUCUCUGUCUACUUCUCUCUCUGUAUCUGUUAUAUAUAUCUGUAUAUAUCUCAUCCUUAUCUUGACCGAUGGAUCCGUUCGAUUUGGUUUUUUCAAUCAUAGAGCUUCGCGAAGGAUUUGGUUAAUGCCCGGUGCAACUUCACAUUUUUGUCUCCGCCAAAAGUCUCUUUAUUCAUGUAGUGUCAUUUUUUACUUUACCUACUUAAGAAAAGAAUGAGCUUGUCCAACAAAGGGGCCCCGAUUAACGACAAAAAGCUAAGUGCCACAGGCAAGGCAACCAAUUUGAAUCCAAAUGCUGCAGAGUUCGUUCCCUUUGCUCUUAGGUCACCUUCUGGAAGCAGUAGCACUGUGGAUGGAGCGUCAAGGUUUGCUACCUCUGGGACUGGAACAUUAGGAAAAUCAGUACUAGAUCGAUCAGAGUCAUCAGUUUCAAAUAAUUCUGAUGAAGAGGCUCACCAAUACUGGCGUCGCCAGCUACCUGAUGAUAUCACUCCUGACUUCAAGGUCAUGGGGGAGGACGAGUCUCAGGGAACUAACAGUCUCCCUUUUUCAAGCUUGUCUUUGCAUGAUGGAAGUGAAUCCUUGAGAUUCUCUGCUUCUACAGGCAGUGGCUUUAUGUUGAACGAGCAGCAGGAGUUAUAUACUCACCGAAUCAAUGGUAACAGUUAUGCUGAGAAAACGAGAUUUCCUGUUUCAUCUUAUGUUGAAGAUUCAUCUUCAGCCAGCUUUCUUGAUUUGCCAACUAAACCUUGGGACAAGCAAAUUGUAAACAACGAUCAGCUGCUUACCGGUGUUAGAGAAGGGCAUCCUUAUAAUGGGAAGUCUAGAAAUAGUUUCAUAAAUGACAUGCUAAAUGAGAAAUCAUUGGUAGAAAGUAUGGACGUGAACCCUCUUGAAUUUUUGGCUUCACAAUUCCCUGGUUUUGCCGCUGAAAGCCUCACAGAGGUGUACUUUGCCAAUGGAGGUGACUUGAACCUGACAAUUGAGAUGCUUACGCAACUUGAGCUUCAGGUUGAUGGUGGUUUGAAUCAGAAUCUAAACUCAAAGACCUUGUCAGCUCCAAAUCUUAGUGCACUAGAUUUCCCAGCACUUUCCUCACCCGAUGGUCAAAAUGGUCUGCAAAAGUUUACUGGAGAAGAGCUGCAGCAAAGUUUUAGUCCUUAUCGGUCUUCCGAUAAGGAUAAUAUGCUUUUGUUUAAAUCCGGCUCUUCUUUGCCAUCGAGAGGUGCUGUAGAUUUUGCUUCAGCUGUCAGGAAAAUGGCAUCUCAGGAUUCUGGCAUAUGGAAGUAUGACAGAAAUGGUUCUGCAGAUGCCAAUGUUGGCUCAAGUAGAACUUCACAUAUUUUAGAUAGUCCUUACAGUGGUGGACAGGGGAGGGGCAUUUAUUCUGACAGAUUACAAAAUCGGGGAUCAGCUCGGGCAGCUCCUGUCUGGCUUGAAACUGGAGAGACAGUUGCAAAUAUGUAUUCUGAAAUGCGGGAGGAAGCUCGUGACCAUGCACGCCUGCGUAAUGCAUACUUUGAGCAGGCACGGCAGGCAUACCUCAUAGGUAACAAGGCUUUAGCAAAGGAACUCAGCGUAAAGGGGCAGCUGCACAACAUGCACAUGAAGGCAGCUCAUGGAAAAGCCCAAGAAUCAAUUUAUCGUCAGAGGAACCCAGCUGGUCCAGAAAUGCAGGCUAAUGCAAGAGGACAGGAGAGGAUAAUAGACCUGCAUGGGCUGCACGUGAGUGAAGCCAUUCAGGUGCUGAAGCGUGAGCUGAUUAUGUUGAGGAGUGCAGCUAGAUCAGCAGAUCAGUGCCUGCCGGUUUAUAUAUGUGUUGGAACGGGUCAUCACACGAGGGGUUCCCGCACUCCUGCAAGACUUCCAGUUGCUGUCCAGCGCUACCUGCUUGAAGAGGGCCUUGAAUAUUCUGAGCCACAGCCAGGGCUGCUCCGAAUUGUGAUAUAUUGAACCAGGGAGGUAUAGGAGUUUUUUUUGCCAUACAGCAUAAUCUAUGAAGUCAGUCAUCAAAAUCAUUCUUGUAUCUGUAUAUGGGAUGAAAUGGAAGAGUAGCCCAACUCUAAAGUCAAAAAGAAAAAAAAAAAAACCAAAGAAAGGAAAGGAAAACAUGUUAAAAGUGAAAAAGAAAGCCCGAAAUGUAUCAUUAAGGUUUAGUCAGUGGUCGUUAGGGACUCACAUUUUGGUAGCGAUCAGGUACCUACAUCAGCUGUCUUUUGCUGCUACAUUUUGUAAUCUUGUAACUUCCAUUUUUAUUUCUUUGUUACA